UGAUAAACAAAAUUUUUUGAUGGCGCAAAGUUGUAAGAAUUAUAAAUUUAAAACGCAUUAUUCUUUAUAAUUACUUCACUUUUAAUUUAUUCAGUAAUGUUGACUUUAAUGUAACUAUUUCUUUCCAAAUUUGAAUGCUGUGAUAAAUUGUUGAAGACAUUGGUCUUCAGGAUAUGAUUUCAUGUUUAGAAACUGCCAGUUCCUGAAGCAAUUAAAAUAACAGAAAUGGAAACUCGCCGAUCAACUCGACUCGUUCAGAAAGAGAAUUCCAAACCGACAUCCGUUUUUAAAGCAACUAAUCAAAAUACCUCGGACGAUGCACCAAAAUCUAAAACAAAACGGAACGGUUCCACUUCUCCUGUGCCGAAUAAAACAUCAAAAUCGAGUUAUUUCGAUCCGGAUUUUUCUGAAGAAUCAAGCUCUGGAUCUGAUUCGCCUCCUGUGAAAAGAAGAGCUCGAAUUGUGAGCAAUUCUAAAAAAUCAGCUAAAUCUCGAAAACGUUAUGAUUCCGAAGACGAAAGCAGCUCCGACGAAUUCGUCAAAAAACCGAAAUCCAUCACUGAAAUUCUUCAAAGUAAAUCUGAAUUAAAGUUGAGCUCCGAUGAAUCUGAUUCCAGCGAAGAAUCUCCCCCUAAACGUAAAAAGAAAUCGGACGGUUCGCCGAUGAAAAAAUUAAACACAUCUGCGAGGAUAAAAUCCGAUAGUGACAGUUCAGAUGAGUUCGUAAAACCGAAUAAAUCUUCGAAUUCGAAUAACGUUACUAAAAGCGAACCUUUGGACGAACCAAAUAUUAAAGAAGAAGAAAUCGAAUCCAGUUCCAGCCAAGCUGAAUAUUUUGACUUUACCGCGCUUGUCAAUAAAGUUAAAGCGAAUGAAAACAGUACUCCUGUUGAAGAAAUCAUAAUUGAAGCCGAACCGAAAAAAACAGAAAAACUAGAGAAACCGACUCCGAAAAAAUCCAAAAAAGUUACCGCUAAAUCUGAACCCAAAACUGAAAAUAAAGCAGAUUUGGAAGUAUUUGAAUUGUUAGCCAUGGGAGAAGAUACGGAUAUGUCUGCCACAGAUAUUAAAGAAUCUGUUAGUCAAUCUUCUCAAGAAAACUACGAAAUACCCAAACAAGUAGAGGUGUUAUUGGAUGCUCCGGCGUUGAAAAAGAAAAAACAAACCGAUUUAGAGAUGACCUUACGACGUAGAUUGAAUUUUAUUCGGCGCGAAAAUCAAGUAUACGUUCACAAAGUCAGUAUUUUAUGCUGGAUUGCUCAUGGCAUGCAUGUUAAUUCCAUAUUAAAUUCUCCAGAGUUGUUAUCCUUGGCUUUAUCUUUACUCCCGAAUGAUAAAUGUUACCCUGCCAAGCGAAUGGAUAUGGAUUAUUUGGGUAAAUUGAUCGACUGGUUCGUGAAAAAGAUCAAACUGAAGAAAGAACCUGUAGAUGACAGAAAAACCCAGCUCUCUGUUUCUUUGGAAUCGCAACUUCAGAAAAUGGAAGCCGAAAAUAAGAACGAUUUAUGCUUUAUGUUCAUUUGCAUUAUCCGAGCUUUAGGAAUCAAGUGCAGAUUGAUCGUCAAUUUAAACGUCGUACCGAUAAAACCAACCAGUGAUCAGUUAUUACCAAUAACUGCGAAAAAAGACGCAGCUACACCGACCAGCACUAAAAAAAUGUUGGAAAAAGAAAAUUCGGCAAAAAGCAGCAAAACAAAUGCCAAACCAAAAGCGGAAACCUCCAAAACGUCUUCAAAAGAUACAAAACAACGAUCACGUUCCGAAAACAAAUCAGAAAAAUCUAAAGAGAAAGAAACACCGAAAUCUUCUCAUUCCGAAUCGAAACGAUCAUCUCAAAGUAAAUCUGAAAAAUCGGACAAAAAAGAUACUAUAACUAAAGAGGAACGAUCGUCUCAUUUUCAGUCUGAAAAAUCAAAAGAUUCGAGCUCUUCGAAAAAUAUUUCUAAAGAAAAACCCAAAACCACUUCCGAAAAAUCCGAUGAAAAAAGUUCUCAGGCAACAAAACGUUCAUCUCGUUCUCAGUCGGCGAAAUCCAGCGAAUCGAAAUCUUCAAAAAAUGGUCCUCAUAAUGAGUCCACCUCCACAGAAUCGAGUAAACAAAACACCGAAAAAGAACCUGUCAGAAGAUCCGCUCGAUCAAAAAGUUCAAGUUCGAAAGACCAAUCAAAAUAUUUCGAAGAAGAAAAGUCUACUCGAAAAUCCGAACGAAUCACCAAUUCCAGUUAUUUUGCUAAAGACGCGGAAGAUUCGAAAGCAUCUAAAAGUAAAGAGUCAUCAAAAUCCAACAAAUCUAAAGAUAGCAAAAAGUCGACUUCGAAGAGCAAAAGUAGUAAAAAAAUUGAUCCUGAAAAUUUGGUUGAAGAAAUGAGUACUUCUGAUGAUUCUGAAGAAGACGAUACUGAUGCUACGUUUGUACCGACGAAAAAGAAGAAGAAAAUUGAUCGUCGUGUUCUAUCAUCCGAAGAAGACGUCACUGUCGAGGAGAAAUCUGAAACAAAGAAUAAGCGAAAUAAAUUGAAUUACUGGCUCGAGGUAUUCUUGGAAGCUGAAGAACAAUGGACCAGCGUGGAUAUUGCGAAUAAAAGUUACCACUGUACUCAGCAAUUAUUUAAUCAAGCUGCCCAUCCAGUCAGAUAUGUUAUUGCAUUCAAUAGUGAUCAAACAAUUAAAGACGUCACUAGAAGAUACGUUCCUCAAUAUUUAUCGGUGACGAGAAAACUCCGGGUUGAUGAUGCUUGGUGGAAGACCACCGUGAAUCCGUAUAAACCACCACAAGAUCCUCAAAAUAGAGAGGAAGACGAAGCUCUCGAGAAAAUAUUGGAAGAGCAACCGUUACCAACGGCCAUUUCUGAAUAUAAAAAUCAUCCACUGUAUGCUUUGAAAAGACAUUUGUUGAAAUUCCAAGCUAUUUAUCCGCCAGAUGCUCCACCGCUUGGAUUUGUAAAAGCUGAACCAGUUUAUUCGCGAUUAUGUGUUGUGCAGUUACAUGGCAGAGAAAUGUGGAUCAAGGAAGCUAAGGUGGUGAAAAUGGGCGAAAAACCGUACAAAAUUGUAAAAGGACGUCAGAAGAAAGAUAAAUUUGGUUCCGGUGAAGGUCCUAAAGAUCUGGAAUUAUUUGGCUUAUGGCAAACUGAAGACUAUGAUCCUCCUACAGCUGAGAAUGGUCUCGUACCCAGGAAUAGUUUUGGAAAUGUUGAACUUUUUAAACCUUGUAUGUUACCCAAGGGGACUGUGUACUUACAAAUACCUGGUCUUAUGCGUAUAGCCAAUAAAUUGAGCAUCGAUUGUGCUGCCGCUAUCACCGGAUUCGAAUACAGCACCAACGGUUGGUCGUAUCCGGUCAAAGACGGAUUUGUCGUUUGCGAAGAAUUUAAAGAUAUUCUCUUGGAUGCUUAUAAUCAAGAAGUUGAAGAAGCUGAGAAAAAAGAAAAACAAAAACGGGAAGAACGUGUUUACGCGAACUGGAGACGUUUAAUUAAAGGAAUGUUCAUCAGAGAGAAACUAAAAAGGAAGUAUAAUUUUGGCGAUCCAGGUACCUCUUCUGAUCAAGACAAAUCUGAAUCGAAGUAAUGUUUUCUACGCAUAUCCUGAUUUUGUGAAUUUUUAUCUCUAUGUUCCUCAAGAAAUACAUUCAAAAAUGUACAAAAUAUUGUGAUACAGUAUUGGUAAAUUUUAAUGCGUUAAAACGAUCAUUAAGUGUAUUUAUCUCGUAGUUUCAAUUCAAAGUUGUUCAUUUCAAAAUAUUACGGAUAAAUAAAGAUGUAAUUUUCUGUUUCAUAAGAAGUAAGGUACUCACAAUAUUAAUGAUUUUCCUCAGGUAUUGAUCGACAUUGUGACGUUUUUUAAUUAUAAUUUUAUCGUUUAAUACAGUGAUUAAUGUUAUGCUCAGUAUUAUUAAUAAUAAGCAUUUCUAUGAAUGAG